CCAUGACACCUUGUUCCUUAUCGUUAUAGCAACAAGACACUUGGGCCAACUUGAAUUGUAUCCAAACUCUCUAUACUUGUGCACAUAAAUUUUAAUCUUCUUUCAAUUCUUUUCCUUGUUUUUUGAUUCAAGAUGCAUGAUUGGGCUGCUCCGAUCAUAUCUGCAGCGUUGUUUGCUCUUUUAGCUCCGGGACUCAUUGUUCAAAUGCCAGGAAAAGAAUCAUCGGUUGGUUUUAUGAACAUGAAGACUAGCAUAAUCUCCAUGUUUCUACACACAGUUCUUUAUGGUUUGCUUCUUAUUUUGUUUCUUGUAGUCCUUGACAUACAUAUGUAUGCUUAGGCAUUAAUAUCAACCCGAAGAAACCUCAUCGUUUGUUGUUUUAAUGGUGAUUUACUUGAUUAUUUUCUUUUAUUAGCCACUCGUUGAUGGUUUUUUCUUAUGUUAUAUGAAUUUGGAAGUUUGAGAUGAAAUGAAAGUUUAUUUCUACC